UUCAUACGUCACUGUCAAUCUUGGUUCUUAUGUUUUGUUUAUUUCUUGCUAAACAGACAAAAUAAAUAUAACAGAGAAAGUAAAAUUCAAUUUCUGUAUAUAAAUGAAAACUACAAGUAAUUGAACGAGGUUCCAUAUGGCUUUAUUUAUUCUCUUCAAAGAGACGAAAUUUUGCUGGUAAAUUAGUAUCAUCAAACAUUCAUGAGAUUUUUUUUUGUUUAUACUUCCUAAUGCCUUAAAGCAACUAUGGAGGGAGUCUUGUGGAAAUGGACUAAUUAUUGGAAUGGAUGGCAGACCAGAUGGUUUAUUUUGGAAAAUGGGGUGUUAAGUUACUACAAAUCCCAAGAGGAGGUUAGCCAGGGAUGUAAGGGAUCUAUCAAAGUACAAGCAUGUGAGAUUAAUGUUAGUCCAAUUGAUCAUACCAGGAUGGACUUAGUUAUACCAGGAGAACAACACAUGUACCUAAGAGCUGCUACUUCACAGGAAAGGCAACAGUGGUUGGUGGCCCUUGGUACUGCCAAAGCUUGUGUUCACAAUAGAAAAGGAAAAGAAACUGUAAAAACUCCUGAUUUAUUAAAAACAAAAAAAUCAGAACUAAAACUCUACUGUGAUCUAUUAAUGCAGCAAGUCCAUGUUAUAAAGAAUUCAGCACAAACGCCAGAUGGUCCUCAAAUAGAGAAUAUGGAUGAAGCAACAAGACUUCUAGGUGCUACUUGUGAUACUUUCAUAAAGACAUUGGAUGAAUGCAUGAAACUUUCUGCUAGUGCCAUUCAAUAUGAAAUUCCUGUUAAAAAUGAGUCUAUUUUGUUGCCAGUAAUAACAAAAAAGGGCUUACACCGGUCCAAUUCUCACAAAAGCUAAAAUGUUAAUUGGAUUAUCAUAUGUACUCUAGAAUGGCUUAACUAUUUUUUUCAUAAUAAUAAUAAUUAUAUUUAAAUAAAUGCUAUAUUUGAUUAUCUUCUUAUACAGGGUGUCCUAUUUGCCAUGUGUGACUAGACUAUUGCUAUUUCUGAGGAGAUAUAAGGGCGGUUAAAUUAGAAAAGAGUUGCCAAUUUUGAGGCUUAUUUUAAAUAUUUUUACAGCGCAGCAAAAUGUUAUUUAGUUCGUGAGUUACAGGGUGAUUUAUAAAAAACCCCAAAUUUUAUCUUAUUUAUUAUUUCCAAAACUAUUGAUUUUAGAAACUUACUUUUAAUUACAAAGUUUCAUAAUUUUUUGUCUCUACAAAACUUCACCUUUAAUUUUUUUUAUGACGUUUGGUAUCUUGGUAACGGCUAGCAACGUCUUUUUUUUAAAAAUGGACCUUCAUUUUUUAUAGCUUAUUUUAAAAGCAUUUUUUAUUCCCUUUAAAAUGAUGUAAAUGUAUCUCAUUUCAUACGUUUCGCAACGUUUCGACGUAUUAAGAAAAAUCAUCAGGAGUUUUUCCUUAAUGCAGGCCUGAUGUUUUUUUAAAUUGUAAAUUAAUUACUUAUAUACAAUAAAAGUUUAUCUUUUUGGUUGUUAUUUAAAAAUAUUUGUAAACGCUAAAAUAAUAUAAAAGUGGUAAAUAUAAUAAUAUAAUAUGCUAUUAAUAAUAAUUCCAUUUUAGACAGAAAAUGACUUGGUGUUUUAAAUAACCUUUAAGAGUGUCAUAUUCAUUUAGCUGUCAAUUUAUUUAUUCAAUAGUUAUUUACUGAAUAACAUUAUUGCUACUAAAUGUUAAACAUCAAUAUUAAAAGGAGGUAUUUAAAACAAUAAAUAUUACAACAAUGAUCUGACUAACUUUAUAAUAAAUUUAUUUUUAAUAAACAAUAAAAUAAUGAACAAAAAUAAAUGCAGAACUUAUUUGAAAUAAAUAAAGGCUAUAAAAUAAUAUGUAAUAAGUAUACAUAAUUAUGAAAUAAAUUGUUAUUAAUCUAAAUGUUGGACGACCAUUAUUUCGUAAGCAUUUUCGCGCAUUGGUUACAAUUUUUCUUUGUAUGUUGUUGAAUGAAUUAAAAUUUUAUUGUACGCUUGUCUUAAUUUUAAACUUAGCUAGGUCCUCUUAAUUUUCAGGUGUAGUUUGACAAACCUGGUUCUUAAUAGAACCCCAUAUGGAAAAAUCCAUGGCUGUUAUAUUAGGCGAUCUUGCGGGCCAAUUUAUAGGACCGUUAUUACCAAUCCAAUAACUAUUAACAUGAAUAAAAACUGGCGCGAAAGUAAAAAAAAGAAGCUUGUUGACAUCUGUCAAAAAUAUUAUUUUUAUUUGGUAAUCAUGACAACACAGACUUCAACUACUGUCACAGCCAACUAAAUUGAAGGGAUAAUAUCAAUAAGUAUCUUAGUUUCAAACUAAAUUUUUUAACAUAUUUAUAUUUAGGAAAAAUUCCUGAUGAUGGUUAUUAACACGUUGAAACGUUGGGAAAUAUUGGAGUGAGAUACGCCAUUUUAAAGGGAAUAACAACUGCUUUCAAACUAAGUUAAAUAGUUAUAAAUAUAAAUGCAGGUCCGUAUUAAAAAAAAAGUUGAUAGCCGUAUCUUGGCAGACACCAAACGUCAUAAAAAAAUUAAAGGUAAAGUUUUAUAGAGCACAAAAUUUUAUAAAACUUUGUAAUUAAAAGUAAGUUUCUAAAACAAAUAGUUUUGGAAAUAAUAAUUAAAAUUAUUUUUUUUAAUAAAUCAGUCUAAUUUACGAACUAAUAAACAUUUUGCAAAGCUGUAAAAGGAUUUAGAAUAAGCAUUGAAAUUAGUAAGUUUUUUAAUUUAACCGCCCUCGUAUCUCCUAUAGUUUCGGAAAUAUAAAUAGUCACACAUAGCAAAUAGGACACCCUGUAUAUCAUUUGAAUUAAAUGCUUUUGUUAUUUCAUUAUUUAUAUUUUCUGUUAUGUUUUAUUUGUUUAGCGAUUUAAAUCUAUUCUGACUUCUAA